AUGGUACCAGAAUCUCGUCCAGGGAGUGUAAGAAGUUACUCGGUGGGUUACCAGGCAAGGUCCAGAUCAAGUUCUCAGAGAAGACAUUCGUUAACACGCCAACAUUCCUCUCAAAGAUUAAUUAGAACCAUCAGCAUCGAGUCUGAUAUUUCAAAUAUUACUGAUGAUGACGAUUUGAGAGCUGUCGAUGGGGGGGUGGCGGAUCUUGAAUUGGACGUCUCCGAAACCGCAAAUAAGGGACCAAGAAGAGCGUCAGCAACAGAUGUCACGGAUAGUUUAGGCUCAACUUCAUCGGAAUACAUUGAGAUUCCCUUUGUUAAGGAAACAUUGGAUGCAAGUUUACCUCUAGAUUAUCUGAAACAGGACAUAUUGAACCUUAUUCAGAGUUUGAAGAUAUCCAAAUGGUACAACAACAGGAAAGUUCAACCGGUAGCUCAAGAUAUAAACUUGGUGAAGAUCUCUGGUGCAAUGACAAAUGCAAUCUUCAAAGUUGAAUAUCCUAAGUUGCCAUCAUUACUGUUGAGAAUAUACGGACCGAACAUUGACAACAUCAUUGACAGGGAGUAUGAGUUGCAGAUUUUAGCUAGACUUUCGUUGAGGAAUAUAGGUCCCUCCCUUUACGGCUGUUUUGUAAAUGGUAGAUUUGAGCAGUUUUUGGAGAAUUCUAAGACUUUAACAAAAGAUGACAUUAGAAACUGGAAGAACUCUCAAAGGAUUGCAAGAAGAAUGAAGGAAUUGCAUGUAGGCGUGCCUCUUUUGAGUUCAGAAAGGAAGAAUGGAUCAGCUUGCUGGCAAAAGAUUAAGCAGUGGUUGCGCACGAUUGAAAAAGUCGACCAAUGGGUGGGGGACCCUAAAAACAUCGAAAGGUCUUUGUUGUGUGAGAACUGGUCCAAGUUUAUAGAUAUUGUCGAUAGAUAUCACAAGUGGCUUAUUUCCCAAGAACAGGGCAUAGAGCAAGUCAAUAAGAAUCUUGUCUUCUGCCACAAUGAUGCUCAAUACGGCAAUUUGCUUUUCACAGCACCUGUGAUGAACACACCGAGUUUAUACACUGCGCCUUCGUCUACAUCACUGGUUUCACAAUCGAGCUCCUUAUUCCCUUCGGACUCUAAUGUUAUAGUAGAUGAUAUAAUCAACCCGCCAAAGCAAGAACAAAGCCAAGAUUCAAAGUUGGUCGUUAUUGAUUUUGAAUAUGCAGGCGCCAAUCCCGCCUCAUAUGAUCUAGCAAAUCAUCUUUCUGAGUGGAUGUAUGAUUACAACAAUGUUAAGGCUCCACAUGAAUGCCACGCUGAUAGAUAUCCCGAUAAAGAACAGGCUUUGAAUUUCUUAUACUCCUAUGUUUCGCAUCUAAGGGGUGGGGCUAAAGAACCUAUUGAUGAAGAGGUUCAGAGACUCUACAAGUCGAUCAUUCAAUGGAGACCCACCGUACAACUAUUUUGGUCACUCUGGGCUAUCCUACAAAGCGGUGAAUUAGAGAAAGAAAAAGCCUUCACUGCCACCACCAGAGAAGAAAUCGGGCCCAAUGGAAAAAAAUACAUCAUCAAGACUGAGCCUGAAAACCUUGGAGAAGACUUUGCUGAAAAUGAAGACGAGCCUGAGACUGGUGUCAGCAUUGACACGUUCGAUUAUAUGGCUUACGGCCGCGACAAGAUUGCGGUCUUUUGGGGUGACCUCAUUGGCUUAGGCAUAAUCACCGAAAAAGAAUGCGAAAAUUUCAGCUCUUUCAAGUUCCUCGAUACUAGUUAUUUGUAA